AUGGCGCUGUCAAAGAAAAAUCCGCCCCUCCUCCCUCCGCGCAAAAUACUAGUCGUUGUUACAGCUGGUGGUUCAACAAACUCAGCUCCCAUGUUCGAAGUUUGCAAAUAUCUCCAUGAACGAGGACACACCAUCGAGUUCGCCACUUUUGCUGGCCGUGAGGGCUAUGCCAACCCUUAUCCGUUUGUCUCCGCCGUUCAUGUAGUAGGACGUGCCAUCACACCAGAGGAAGAAGACAGACUCUACAUCCUCUUUAGCGAGUGGAGCUGGAGUGGCAAUGGCCUUCGAAAUUGGAUCGAGGGCAAGAAGUUCUUCGACGCCUUCUGGUCCGAGACCUACGAAAACCUAAAGCGUGUCGUCGAGACCACACGGCCAGACUUCCUCUUUGCGGAUUUCCAUGUCGACGCAGCUCGGGACAUGCAGAGAGAGUACAAUCUCCCUCUAGCCACGAUGUGGCCCCAGUGGCCGUACUUUAUGUGCCCUGUGCCCUACAUCCCUGGCCGCGUAGGUCUUGAGCCCCGGGUUCAGACCAGCGAGCAUGCGAGCAUGUGGGACCGCUUCAACCAAGACAUAUACUUGCUGAAGCACCCAAUUGCCUUCGCCGAUCUCUUCCUGACGACAAAGAGAAUGCGCGCAAAGAAGGGGCUGGGUAUUCUUCCUAUGUUACCUAAGCCGGAUCACUUGGUGUUGGUGAACUCCUUCGUUGGCCUUGAGACGCCUAAAGAGACGCCACCUUUGCUACAUGCCAUCGGACCAAUUUUGUCAGAUGAAUACGCUCCGUUGGAUGCAGAGCUUUCCGAGUUCUACCAGACUCACGACAGGACCAUGUUCGUCGCAUUCGGCACGCAUGUAAUUCUCUCUCGCGAAAGAUUGCAAAGCUUAAAAGCAGGCAUCAUCUCUACUCUGCAUGCAGGCCACGUAAAUGGUGUUUUGUGGGCCAUACGUGGCGCCAGCAAGGCUGCCUUUUCAGCUCUGACCGACAGUAUAAUUCACACCAUGUCAGAUGGCAGCCGAAUCACUCUCGGUAGCACUGAGCUCCUCGAGAACAAGCAUCCGCAUCUCAAGUUUGUCGACUUUGCCCCUCAACGAGCAGUACUUGCGCACCCCUCUACUCGGCUCUUCUUCAGCCAUGUUGGACCCUCGUCAGCGAACGAGAGUCUUUGGCACGGCGUUCCCAUGCUCAGCAUGGGGAUUUAUGGAGAUCAGCUGCCCCGAGUUCUUGCUCUUGACUCAGCUGGGGUAGCUUUAUCCGUGAAGAAGGAGACUUUCACUCCGGCGGAGAUUCAAGAGAAGGUUGGAAAACUCAUGCGUGAUGAAGAAGGUCACUUUCAACGUGAUGCGCUCCGAAUGCAACGCAUUGCGAAUCUAGCGAGUCGCCGAAAGGUGCUCGCGGCGGAUCUCAUUGAGGAGUUUAUGUACGAUCACGAACUAAGAUUCGAGAUCUGUCGCGAUGAUGAGAUUGCCAAAAAGGAGAAUGGAGCAAGUGGUGUAUUGGACGAUCGUGGAAGGGAGCUGCGACCCAUGCAUCUUCAAACUGCGGAUAUGAGGAUGAGUGCCCUUCGCGCAAGCAACCUAGAUCUAUGGCUGGUUGGAGCGGCAAUAAUUGGUGUAUUCACGACAGGCAUUGUCACCGUUGGGCCACAAGCGGUCUCAAGCCUCCAUGAUUUGGCGUGUGGUCUUCUGGGGAAAUUCUUGUAG